CCGACAUACCAAUUAAUGUUCGCUAGAAAGUUCUAUUUUUAUGGCUUUCUCGAUAGACCUUUUCGUCGGGGAGAACAGUACUUAAGGAUUCAGGAGGACUUGCGUGGCAGGGUGAGAAUUGAGCAGAAGAGAGAGAUGAAGCCCUCGCCGACAUACUUCGGAGAUUUCGACGACCACGGCUCUACUGUCGCUAUGGACGUCGACGAUGCCGACCCACUCGAGAUGUUGGCGGAGGGAGUCGUUAAUAUCGACAACAAGCUCGCUGAUUCUGAUUUCUUCAAUGCCUUCGAAGAUGAUUUUGAUGAUUCAGACAUCAACUGAUGAUCUACUGUUGUAACUGGGAAAUAUUACCCCAAUCAGUCUCUUUAGGGUUUUUCAUGUAACUCAUCUGUGUUUUCUUGAUGAAAUAGCUACUAUUUCGUGCUUGAAAAUAUGUACAUGAUUAAACCAUGUAUUUUAAUUUCAGACUGUUUCCAAUUUGUAGUUGAAAAAUCUCUUGGCUUCCUGA